UGCUAUACCAGCACCCCCUCACACACACCAACCCCCCUCCCGCCCCCUCUCAGAAAACAAAUUCGGGAUCCAAGCAUGCCACAACAGCAGCUAGGUAUCCGCCUAUCCUCCCCCAAAGUCACCGCAGGCGCAGCAGCAGGCUUCCCCCGUCCGAGAGAGCACGGAGACUCCACCGAGUGAUGCCACUACUGCAGCAAGAAAAGCACCCAGCAACCGCGCAUACUGUCGACGCCUGCCGGAGGACCCGACACCACAAUCUCGGCCCUUGACAGAAGAGAGAGCCCCCCCUUUCCCCAAACCCCUUCGGCUCUAUUCCCGUCCCGACUCCAGGAUGUCCGACUGCAACGCAAGUCCCACCGACCGGGUGAUCAAAUCGGUCCCCUUCCCCCUGGCCCAUCGGCUGACCAUGAAGGAGGUGUUUGACGCGGAGGGCCGGCCGCGAGUGGACCUGCUCAAAGCUCACCUCACAAAGGAAGGCCGUCUCGAGGAAGCCGUGGCCCUGCGCAUCAUCGAUGAGGGCGCCGCCAUCCUGCGCCAGGAGCGCACUAUGUUGGAUAUUGAGGCGCCAGUCACGGUGUGCGGAGAUAUCCACGGCCAGUUCUUCGACCUGAUGAAGUUAUUUGAAGUGGGAGGCUCUCCUGCGAACACGCGCUACCUCUUCCUAGGGGACUAUGUGGACAGGGGGUACUUCAGUAUUGAGUGUGUGUUGUACCUGUGGUCACUGAAAAUCCUCUACCCAAAGACGCUCUUUCUUCUCCGGGGGAACCAUGAAUGUAGACAUCUGACAGAAUAUUUCACCUUCAAACAAGAAUGUAAGAUCAAGUACUCAGAGCAGGUGUAUGACUCCUGCAUGGAGGCGUUUGAUUGCCUGCCUCUGGCAGCCCUGAUGAACCAGCAGUUCCUAUGUGUGCAUGGGGGGCUUUCACCAGAGAUUCACACGCUGGACGACAUCAAGAAGUUGGACCGGUUCAAGGAGCCUCCGGCGUUUGGGCCCAUGUGCGACCUGUUGUGGGCCGACCCCCUGGAAGACUUUGGCAAUGAAAAGACCCAGGAGUACUUUGGCCACAACACGGUCAGAGGGUGCUCCUAUUUCUACAGUUAUCCAGCAGUGUGCGAGUUCUUACAGACCAACAACUUGCUGUCAAUCAUCAGAGCGCACGAAGCACAGGAUGCCGGGUACCGUAUGUACAGGAAGAGUCAGACUACAGGUUUCCCCUCGCUCAUCACCAUCUUCUCCGCUCCAAACUACCUGGAUGUCUACAACAACAAAGUGACUGAGAUGCUGGUCAACGUUCUGAGCAUCUGCUCUGACGACGAACUCAUGAACGAUGGAGACGAGAUCUAUGACGCCAGUGCAGCGGCAGCGAGGAAAGAGGUGAUCAAAAACAAGAUCCGAGCCAUCGGGAAGAUGGCCAAAAUGUUCUCCGUUCUAAGGGAGGAGAGUGAGAACGUCUUGACCCUGAAGGGACUGACCCCGACAGGCAUGCUGCCCAGUGGCGUUCUCUCUGGGGGCAAACAGACCCUGCAGAGCGCCAUUCGAGGGUUCUCUCCGCAGCAUCGGAUCAGCAGUUUUGAGGAGGCCAAAGGUCUGGAUCGGAUCAAUGAGAGGAUGCCACCGCGUCGCGAUGCCGUCAACAGCGUGGGCCUGUCGAUGGGCCGCAUGAACAUGGGAGAGCCCAAUGGGACCGACAGCAACAGCAAUCUACAGUGAUGGACGUACCUGCCCACGUGCCCAGACACACACAUCUACAGUUACCACACUGACCUGGUCCCAUAUUUCAUAUUAUGUGUACAUAGGCAUAUAUACAGACAAGAAAAAUGCAUCACACACACAGACACACACACACACACACAAUAUUUCCUUUACUAAAUAGGUACAGACAACAUAAAACCCAAUGCAAUUACAUACACACAUCCUGCCCCUUUUCCCGUCGCCAUCAGCUGCUAUUUAAAGGCAUGAGCAUACAUGGACUUUACCACCAAAGGCUCAAUCUCUUCUCUGAACUGAUUGGCCCCAUUUAGAGAACUACAACUCUCAUGUACCUGCACAACCACAGGAAAAGAGUCUCCAAAAAUACUCCCCAUGCAAAGCACGAGCAGCUACUGUUUGCCUUGUACGGAGGGGGGUGGGGGGAUCACCAGCGGGCUGACAGUGACAAGCCUGUGAAGGUGUGCUAUUUGUGAUGGACGGGGUCAAGUUUAAGGGUUGGUGCAGACGGCAAUCGGG